UCUCAUUUAUUGGCGGGAAGUGGCGCUUGUUGUCAGCAACCUUGGGAGGAACCGGAGUCUAAGUAGACCAUGACCCGGGUUCUGAACGGAAUAGUGGCGGUGUGCCCGAACCUGGGCAUCGGGAAGGAUGGGAAGCUGCCCUGGCAUCCGGUUCGGCUCAGCAACGAAUUCGCUCAUUUCCGGAAGAUGACCUCCACACCGUCAGUAGCAGGGCGGCAGAAUGUGGUGAUCAUGGGCAGGAAGACCUGGUUCUCAAUCCCGGAGAAGAACAGACCCCUGAAGGACCGGAUCAACAUAGUUCUCAGCAGGGAGUACAAGACGCCACCUGCUGGAGCUCACUACCUGGCAGCAGACUUCUCCUCAGCGUUGAAAUUAGUCGACACAGAGCUGGCAGAGCGGGCGGACCAGGUCUGGGUCAUCGGGGGAAGCUCUCUCUACAAGGAGAUGAUGGAGAGUCCAGGAACCAGGAGGCUGUUUGUGACCCAAAUCCUGCAGCAGUUUGACUGCGACACAUUCCUGCCUGAGAUCAGUCCAGAAAAAUACCGCCUGCUGCCGGAGUUUCCAGGAGUCCCAGCAGAGCCUCAGGAGGAGAACGGGAUCCAGUACAGAUUUGAGGUUUACGAAAGCAUUUAAGCUUUGAUUGGAGAGCAAACAAGGCGAAGAGAUGAGGAUCGGGUUCACGGCUGUCUGUGAUCCAGUGGAAAACUGUGGAGGCUUUGGAUAAACCUCACAAAGAAGAAAACUACAGCAAGGACUAAAAUGCAUGGCUGGAUGCUGAUGUUCAGCUUUGGUGCUUUUCUUUACUGGGGUUAAAAGACGCAGUUAUAGGGGGACCUUCCUUCAAAAUGUUGGCAGGGAGACAUUUC